AUGCAAAUCAGCGUUCAUUUCUUGAAAGCCGCUCUGCUAGGGGCUUUCUGCGUCCUGGGAGGACCACUGGCUGGUCGAGAUGCUGUAGCCCAGCCGACAGUGACCAUAGCCGACGGCACCGUGGUCGGCAUCGUCAGGGACAACACUGAAUCUUUCGCCGGCAUCCCCUUUGCCCAACCGCCUGUGGGCCCUUUGAGGUUGAAACCACCUCAGCGGCUCAACUCCUCCUUUGGCACGCUCGACGCCUCGAGCCCUGGCCCUGCCUGUCCUCAGCAAGUGGUGGAUACAUCGAGCGCUGAUCUUCUUUCACAAGUGCUCGGUUACUUGGUCGACACACCACUGUUCAUGAGUGCACUCAACCAAAGUGAGGAUUGCCUCUUUGCCACUGUCCAACGACCGGCAGGUACAACAGCCGAAGACAAUUUGCCCGUCGUGGUUUGGAUAUUUGGCGGUGGCUUCGAAGUUGGCUGGUCAUCCAUGUAUGAUGGCAUUGGCCUAGUCCAGCGAGGCAUUGAUCUCAACCAACCCUUUGUCUAUGUUGCCAUAGCUUACCGGGUCGGUGGGUUUGGCUUCAUGCCUGGCUCCGAGAUUCUGGAGGAUGGCUCCUCCAAUCUUGGACUCCUCGAUCAACGACUUGCUCUUGAGUGGGUAGCUGACAACAUAGGAGCAUUUGGGGGCGAUCCCGACAAAGUGACACUGUGGGGAGAGUCAGCUGGUGCAAUGUCUAUUUUCGACCAAAUGGCUUUAUACGACGGUGAUCAUACAUAUAACGACAAGCCCUUGUUCCAUGGUGCUAUCAUGAACAGCGGAAGCAUCGUGCCCGCGGCCCCAGUGGAUGCGACCAAGGGGAACGAGGUUUACAGUCAGGUGGUCCAGGCAGCUGGUUGUUCUGAAGCCAGUAGUUCUCUAGAUUGCUUACGCAGCCUCGACUAUGCAGAUUUCCUGGAUGCUGCCAAUAGUGUACCCAACAUCUUGAGCUAUCAAUCAAUAGCACUCUCCUAUCUGCCUCGGCCCGAUGGAAAGGUUCUUACCCAAAGUCCUGAACUGUUGCUUCAGGCUGGGAAGUAUGCAGCUGUACCUGUCAUUAUCGGCGACCAGGAAGACGAGGGAACUCUCUUCAGCAUUUUCCAAAGCAACCUUUCAACGGUGGACGAUAUCAUUGAUUAUCUGCACGAUUAUGCAUUCAUAGAUGCUUCACGAGAAGAAGUUGCCGGCUUUAUCAAUACAUACGACUCCUCUUCAUCGGCGGGGAGUCCUUACAAUACGGGCCCAUUCAAUGAAAUCUACCCCUACUUCAAGCUCAUGGCGUCAGCGAUUGGCGAUAUCGUAUUUACACUUACUCGCCGAGUGUUUCUCUCGGCUUUUGCCACUGCGCAUCCGGAUGUUGCGGCGUGGUCUUACCUCUCGUCCUACGACUACGGCACGCCAAUACUCGGGUCAUUUCAUGGUGGUGACAUUCUGCAAGUGUUUUACGGAAUUUUACCAAACUAUGCCAGCGCUGCAACUCAGACGUACUUUAUCAACUUCAUCACCAACGGGGACCCCAACAUUGGAACAACAGAUUAUCCUCUGUGGCCACAGUGGAGUGAGGCGCGGCAGUUGAUGCAGUUUUGGUCAAUCACUAGUGAUUUCAUCACGGAUGACUUCAGAUCACCAAGCUAUGAGUAUAUACUUAACAAUGGUACAAAUCUGCGUCUCUGA